UCCAUAAUAAACAUUUAUUUUCUCAGUUCUUGUUUUGUCCCAAUUUAAUCACAAAAGAGGAGCAUAAUGUCACACACAGAAUUUACAGAGACAGACCUGAAAUUAAAACAAGAGCUUAAAUCAGAGUUUUAUGCUUAUCCAGAAAUAUUCCCUCUUGCCCAUGUGCAAGACCUAAAGGAAAGACUACAAUGAAUCUCUCUCUGUUCCUGUGCAAGGGAUUACCCAUGUGACUCUUUUAAUGUCAGUAAAGCCAGCUGGUCAUACACUCUCAAUCCUGCAUGCGGGAUUGUGGCACAUCUGCAUGUGAUUUCUUUUAUGUUAGCAUGCGUGACUUGUUUUCCCCAGAACAUUUGCUGUCCAGCUCACCUGGUCUCGCUUAACGGUCACACGGAGGCAGCGCUCACUCCACAGGGGGCAGUCGGCGGUUUCCAAGGCGGCCUGGAAGAUGUAAACUCAUGGGUCAUCAAACAGCCUUGCACCGGGCAGCUGUUGUGGGAAACCAUGACACCAUCUCUGCCCUCAUCCAUGGAGGCUGUGCACUUGAUCUACAAGACAAGGAAGGAAACACUGCUUUGCAUGAGGUAUCAUGGCAUGGCUUCAGCACAUGUGUAAAGCUACUGGUCAAAGCUGGUGCUGAUGUCCAAGUGAAGAACAAAGCAGGAAACACUCCUCUACAUCUAGCCUGUCAGAAUGGACAUUCCCAGACCGCUCGAGUGCUGCUGCUUGGUGGAGCUAUGCCUGACAGCAAAAACAAUGCAGGUGACACAUGUUUGCACAUUUCUGCACGCUACAAUCACUUGUCCAUGAUUAAGAUCCUCUUGGGUUCUUUCUGCUCUGUGGCUGAGAAAAACCAGACAGGAGACACUGCGCUCCAUGUCGCUGCUUCUCUAAAUCACAAGAAAGCUGUCAGUCUGUUACUGGAAGCAGGAGCUGAUGCAAACAUCAGAAACAAUACAGGCCACACUGCUCUUGAUAAAGCCCAAGACAAUAACAACCGAGAUUUGGCUAUUCUUCUAGCAAAAUCUAAUCAGGUCCAGAGGUUUGCUCGUGGAAAGACAGUGAGAAAAAGAAGAGAUGUGUUGCGGGCCCAGAAGAGAUCUCAGUCCCUCCCCAGAGCUCAAUCCUCCCGAGAGAAGGACUGUACUGAAGUGGCUGAAGACACAAACAACAGCGAUCAAGUAUUUCACACGAUACAACCUGAACAGAACACAGCAACUCUGAGCCCCUGCACGAGGAGAAAGAUCAGGAGUCCGAGAAGGAAGUUGGAACAUGUAUCCUGGAGAGAGUAUCAGCUCCAUGAGAGAGGAUCUUCAUUCCAGAGAGUGAAACACAGCAGCCCCAGCUCUCAGGAGGAAGAUCAAACUCCGGGAAAAGCCUAUCAGCUUUAUACACUAUACAGAGACAAAGAUGGACAGAUAAAGCAGGCUCCUGCAAACAACUGUCAUUGUAAGCCCCUCAUUAAAACGCUGGAGAAUAAGCUGAAAGCCACAAAGAUGGAGAUGAGGUCAGAAAUUCACACUCUCCAAGAGGAGAUGAACUGCAGGCUCGGCAGAAUAGAGCAAAAACACAAGCAUCAGAUUAAAGUGCUUGAGAAGCUCACGGAGGAGCGUGUGUCGGCUGAGAGGAUGGAGUGUCAUUAUCGAAUCAAUCAGAGGGCCACACUGGAGCACAUGGAGGGCGAGAGAAAACAGCAGUUAGCUGCUACCAACGCUGUAAAAAGCUGGUGCAUGUCUAAGAUUCAGGAUUUUGAGCUGCAAAAGCCUGUCGAGACACAAUACUACAAACUCCUGCGCUCUCCAUCGCUGGAUCAGUCUCUGGUGGAGUCAGACCCCGAGGGUCUUCCGCUGCUGUCGCUCGUCUCUGAGGAGAGCUCCAGCUCACUGGCCACCUACGUCAAUGUGUUACCCAGCCCAGGAGCAGCUCCUAACACUGAUGUGAAAAGUCUUGAGUUUGGGAGGAGAUAUUUUGAGAUGAAGCUGAAUGGUUCUUCAGAUGAUUAUCUUAACCUGACAGCUCCUUCCAUGGUUAAACACCAGCCUCUUUCACGGAAGAUGGCGACUGCUGACCCCAAGUGGUAUCGAGCUGAACUGCAGGAGAUUGAUGUCUCAAAGUCCAGGUCAGACAAGAGGGAUGAACUCUGUGACAGCAGUGCCACUAGUAGCCUGUCCACAUCCAGCAAGCAAUUCAAUGACAGCGAUACAGAACCAGCACUCGGCCCUGCCUGGAAACACAGCAGGCACCUGAAGGAUAGGAUUAAAGCACACCACACUCAAACCCAGCAGUGCGGCACCAUGAAGACCCUGGAGGUGUUUUCCCAGCGGCCCGUGGAGGUCACCUUCACUCAAGAGCGGGCAAACUUGCACGCCAUGGAGGUGACGCAGCGUUUCUUUGAUACGGUUUCCACGCAGCUGGAACGCUGGUAUGAAAGGAAGAUCCAGGAAGCGCAGAUGGUGUCUGAACAGAAAGCUCUGCAGGAUAGAGAAGAUCUACUGGAGAAGAUCAACACGCUAGAGGAAGAGUUACAGAGGCUUCGCACUAACACUAAAACCAACUCUUGACACAUGUAAUGAUUCUUGUCAAAAUGAAACUUUGAUUU